CAACGCCCCCAAGCCGCCUCAUUUCAGCCCACGCAAACCAAACCAGGCGAAACCCCGGCACCCGUGCGCCAGCCAGCCACAGACCUCAAACCGACCGGGCGGCGAUGGUGUCGGACUCGGAGCUGGUGGAGCGGCUGCAGGAGGUGCUGCGGUCGUCGGACCUCAACACCACGACCACCGCCGCCCUGCGCCGCCGCCUCGAGGAGGAGUUCGGCACCGACCUCUCCCACAAGAAGGCCUUCAUCCGGGAGCAGGUCGACCUCUACCUCGCCGAGGUCGCCGCCAAGGCCGAGCCGGAGGAGCCCAAGGAGGAGGAGCCCGAGGAGGCAGCGGUGCCCAAGGAGGAGGAGCCGGAGCCGGAGACGGAGGAGGGCGAGGGGGAGGUGGAGGAGGGCGAGGGGGAGGAGGACGAAGACGAGGAGGAGGAAGACGAGGAUGGGGAUAGCGGCGGCGCCCGGAAGAAGCAGCGAUCGGAUAAAGGUAAUGGUGGCAAGAAAAGGGGUGGUGGCUUUACAAAAUUAUGCAGUCUUUCCCCGGCACUUCAAGAGUUUGUUGGCGCCUCUGAGUUAGCCAGGACAGAGGUUGUCAAGAAGCUUUGGGCAUAUAUUCGAGAACAUAAUCUACAAGACCAAAGCAAUAAGAGGAAGAUUUUACCUGAUGAGAGAUUGAGGAAGAUCUUCAAUGUCAAUUCCAUUGAUAUGUUCCAAAUGAAUAAAGCUUUGACCAAGCAUAUCUGGCCAUUGAAUUCUGAGGGUCCUGUCUCUCCUGACAGAUCAACACCCAAAGAGAAGCCACAAAAGAGAGACAGGAAUGAAGGAAAGAAGCAAAAGGGUGGCUCCUCAGGGGCUGGAUCUGGUCUACUUGUGCCCCUUCAGCUUUCCAAUGAUUUAGUGAAAUUUAUUGGCACCGGUGAGAGUAUGUUAUCACGAUCAGAUGUUGUGAAGAGAAUGUGGGAAUACAUAAAAGAGAACAACCUGCAGGAUCCUUCUGACCGGAGGAAAAUAAUCUGCGAUGAGAAGCUGAAGGACCUAUUGCAAGUUGAAUCAUUCAACGGCUUCACAGUUUCGAAGCUGCUUGCCCCGCAUUUUACCAAGACGAAGUAGCAACCUGCCAUCCAGAUCUGCUAAAACCCAAAAGUCUGGGUGAUUUUGUUUUGCAGAAUGUGUAAUCAUGGAACAGUUAGGAGCUAUGUGAGCGAUGUGGAAUUUUAACUUGUGGGAGUUGUUGGCACUUUUCGAACAAUACUGGUAGUAGGUUCCUCAAUGUCUAAUGAAGUUAUCAACCGUUGACUAACCGUUUCAC